GGGUCGGCCAUUUACGACCGUGGUGCCGACUGCAUAGUGGCUUUAGUUUCCUGUUGUAGUUCCUGAGUACUUUGUAUGCUGUAAACAUUGUAACCUUGAGUAACUCAACUUCGUUCACGCUUUAUGAUACGGAGGAACGAUGGCGUCCGUUCCGGAGCCGUUAUUAUUAUUAUUAUUAUUAUUGUUUUAAUUUUUUUUGCUGCCACGAAUGUCUGUCUACACAAAAUCAAGGUUUGUGGCCAGCUUCGCAGUUAGCUGCUAACGAGACCAAGAAACGGAUUUACCCCAAACGUGCCACCAUGCCCCGGAGAAAGAAAAGCGAACAGACGCCGACGGGAGUCUCCGGCGGGCCGCUCCCGGGGCAAAAUGUCGGUCUCGGACCACUUCAGGAUUACAGUGUCGCAUUGGCGUCCAACCUUUCACCCAGCGAAGGAGGCUCCCACAGGCAGAAAAUCACCCAAGAGAUGCAAGAGAUAUUCCCCCACUUGGACCCCGAAGUUAUUCACAUCGUGCUGUCUGAGGUUGACUUUAAAGUGGAAAACGCCACGGAUUCCCUCUUGGAACUGUCAAUUGCUGCAGAACUUGCAGCCCCCGUUGGAUCUCCAGUGUCUGGCUUUGAGAGCACUGCCGCAGCCCUGGUUAGUCCUGCGCGUGUUUCUCAACCUGCACCCGACGCCGACUCUUUGGAAGCGUCCCAGCGGCUCACCUCUCCAUUGUCUACCAGUCUCCUGACCGAAGAGGUGGACCUUCAAGUCGAUCAAGAGCUACAAAACCUGGAAGAUCGGGCUAACGGCCAGUACUUGUCUGCUGCCGUGACCCGUUCCUCGUUACCGCCGCCACAGUUUCCAGAGCAGAUCUUCCCUGAGCUGCUUCAGUUCGACCGGGAGCCUGAGUGCGGGCGGGGCUCUGCCGGACGGCCAUAUCUUGAAGAGGGCUCAGUGCGUUUCGGAGCUCCCCCUCCAUUUGACCGGCUCAACACUUGGGAAGGUGGCAGCGGCGAGGAUCAGAAAUCAGUUGUGGAUUUCACACAUCUGAUGACGGAAGAGCUUGCGGACAGACCAAAACCUCCGUUAGAUCUCCUCGCUUCACGCCGUCCGUCCGCCUUCCAGAUGUAUAAGAAGGAGUCAUCCCAAAUCCUUCUAGAACAGCCUGGCCCCAUGCCCUCUGAAAAUAAAGUCAGAGGAGUUAGUUCUCCAGUGACCACAGGAGAGUGGAAGCUUCAUUCACCUGCUUUCCCCGCCCAUUUACAUGGAACCCAAGGACCGUGCUUUAUCACCCCGAUUGCACCUUCACACCGUUCAAUUGGGCAUCCCACUCCCUGGGAAGGCCAGGGCGCUGUCACUCGAGCACCUCUGAGACAUUCUGCUACCAUUCCCAAAUCCUGGACUAUGGCUGCUACUGCACAUAAUCCGGUUGGCGUCACACCUGCUCUGUCUAGCGAGCUUUGUUUGGAAGGCAAGGUGCUUGUGUUGCUACGUGGUCCACCGGGAUCUGGGAAGUCCACUUUGGCUCGAGCUUUUCUAGAACACAAUCCAGGUGGAGUUGCACUAAGCACUGAUGACUACUUCACUCUUCAAGGACGCUAUCACUUUGAUCCCGCUGGUCUGGGGGAAGCUCACGAGUGGAACCACAAGAUGGCCAAAGAAGCUUUUGAGAGAGGUGCCAACCCUAUCAUAAUUGACAAUACAAACAUGCAAGGCUGGGAGAUGAAGCCCUAUGUGGCCCAGGCAUUGAAACACUAUUACAAAGUGCUGUUUCGUGAGACGGACACUUGGUGGAAGAACAAGCCCAGAGAGCUAGAGAGACGCAGCAAACAUGGUGUGACUGCGGAAACGAUUCGGCGCAUGCUAAAUGGCUAUGAGCGCUUUGUAACAGUCAAGUCCAUCAUGGGCGCAGUGGUCCCUAAUUUGAAACAGCGCCUCCACUUGGACAACAAAAACUUACAGUGUGUGACUCCUGAAGCAAAAUGUCCUGACCUUGUCAGUGAACCUGGACUGAUGGACCAACGUAAGCAUUCCCAGCCUCAUCUCUUUUCCUCGCUUCCUGACGUGUCAUCUAAUCGUCAUCCAAGUGAGUUGCGGCAGUUGGAAGACGACGAACACAAAUCAACAGAUUCGCUUGUUUUCCAGCCAAUUGGGAGACUCUCAGAACGUUUAUACGAGAAUGAUAACCUGGACCUGUGGGCUUUGGAUUCUGACCUGGAUGCCCUAACUCAAUCUGGAGGAGAACAGGGGGUACCUGAUUGUAUUGUAGAAUCAGUGAUGAACGCAGGCCACCGCAGUAAUGAACUCCCGGUGGCUUUCUCUGAGUCUAUUAAACAAAGGGUACCAAGAGAAAGACCUACUAGGAAGUUUGAUUCAGCAAAUCUGGUGAAAGAUAUGAAUCAUUCAAAUGGCUUGGCAAUGGAGAGAGAACAGAAUAAUAAAGAGGCGGCAUCAGUGGUAGCUAGCAAAGAGGGAGAGAUGUCCAAGAUGUUGCAUUUUGUAGGUGACUGGCCAGCUGAAGGGCCCCUUGAGCAGCGGCAGGAAAGGAGAAAAGAAAGAUCUGAAGACAUUGAUGGAAGUGAAGACAGAAGGGUGUCUAAAGAAGUCAACAAUGACACAUGCAAAGUACAGUCUGGAACUAAUCUGACUGAGUUCCAGAAACUUCUUGAUCUCAUUCAGACUGGUGUAGUUACUUGCCAGUCUGGUUCUCCUUGUGCAUCACCUGUUUGUCUUUCCCUAGGGCAGGAUUUGGAGAAAGAUGACAAGAUUGAAGAAUCCCUUAGCUGUAGGUCUGAGCUUGAGGAAAAACAACAGAAGAUGAACGCAGCGAAGAGUGGCAGAGUUGAUUUACCAGAUUGUGUGUUGGACUGGAAAGCGUCUGAAUCUUACAAGGGUAAUGAGGAGAUUGUAAAAAGUGAAAAUGAAACAAGUAGAGCCACAGUUUUGGACAUUGGUUGCGAAACGGAAUCAGAUGCUGCUGCAGAUACUCGGCUGGCUAUUAGCACAUCUGAAUCGACAGAGCCGAAAGAAAGCCAUAGCAUUGAGCAUGACAAUGAUACAGAGUUUGCAUCUGCCAGCAAUACCAAGAGGGACACAAAUAAAUGCAACGAGCAGACAGACAAUGUAAUGACAGUGCAGCCUGAUAGCAGACAUUCUAGUGACUUAUGCCAUGGUCCUGUUGCCAGGGACUCUGUGGAACCAGAGAGUUGUGUUCUCAGUAGAAGCAGUCUAGAGCGAAAGCAGCGCCACGGUCGCAGAUCAGGGAAGCAAUGUAAGCUAGCCCUCACCUUCUCUCAAAACUGUCUGGCUCCUUCACUCGAAGCACCCGAAUGCCCCAUUACCACUUCCCAAAUUCUUGACAAUGCUCAGAGUAGCAACACCGCUUAUCCUGACUGUGACUCCAGCCUCAUGCCUAAACUGUUCCCCAAGCUCAACGAAGAGGUCCAACUGCGAACUGACUCGCCUGUCUCUUCGGAUAGAGGUUGUCCCACCCAGACUGAACCUCAGGACUUUGCGCUUCUUUGGCGUCUUAAUCGUCAAGACGGCCCGGCAGAUACUCUUGUCGCUGCUUGCAGCUACUCGAGUGACGUCACAGUCCUAUGUGGCGUCUCCUCACGAUUCGUGCCAGAGGUUGCAUCAGCAGUUUCUGCUGCAGUUGCAGUUCACCCAUCCACUCACAAUACAGUACCAUACCGCAUGGUGCACGAGAAAAGCACACAGGUGGAGGACAAAGAAUUAGGGGCAGUUCACAGCCGUCUUGAGAGCCUGAGCAUCCUCAGUCGUCAUUUUAAACUAGUUAGUUUGGAUACAUUGGAGGACUUGUUUGACAAAUGCCACCAAGACUUGGAAUGGACAACCAACCUGUUACUAGACUCUGGAGAAAGCCUCUUCAGAGACGAGGAUGUUUUAGAGGAGAUACAAGAGGAAGAAGCAGUUAAAGUUGAACAGAACACUUCACUAUUAGUAACAGUAUUAGAAACCAAUUUGGGGGAUGAUCUUCCAUCUCCAGAGCCAACUGCUGUUGUCAGUGCGCUUCAACAAUCUGCAAAUGAGGUAGUUAACGAAAUUGGUGGAACCUCCGAUACUGACUCAUCAAGAUUUGGAGGCACGGCUUCUCCAAUCAGAACCAAAAAUCAGCCGGAUACACAUUCACACACCGUAACAACCAGUCCUAUCCUGCCUACUUUGGAAAAAUGUGAUGACAUUGAACACAAAAUGAUAAUCGAGGAGUCAAGUUUUGCGACUCCAGAUGACAUUGCUAGUUUGGAAGAGGUCCACCGGCUGCUGCAGGUUGAGCUGGAGGACAUGGAGAGAGAAGAGAGACAAAAGAAGAAUUGGAGGGCCAACGAAAAGAGAGUCAACCAAGUCGUGAACAUUCAGAGCGUAGAGCUGAAACUACCCACUGAACUGGCACUGCAACUAACUGAACUGUUUGGACCUGUGGGAGUCGAACCAGGUGCAUGUGCUUCUGAAGACUAUGCAGUGCAGAUGGACAUGAACCUGGCUAAACUUCUCCACCACAAGUGGAAAGAAACUAUCCAGGAACGACAGAAACAAGCAACUCUUUCCCAACAAUUGUUUCUGGACGAAACUUUGUUCUCUUCGAUUGAUCAAGUCUGAUUCUCAAUAAGCCUAAAUUAUAAUACUAAAAAACCACAGCGGAAGCUUAAAAACUCCACUGUGACACAGUAAAACUGUUCUGGCAUAAAAGGGAUACAGAUUUUCCAUUCUGCUUGACCUAACAGCCAAACAGGACAAAAACAAAAAAAUGAAUAUUACAGGACAUGUACGAGGGCAGCAGAACAGUGGUGAGGUGUGCUUUAGGUGUGACAGAGGAAUUUAAGGUGGAGGUGGGACUGCAUCAGGGAUCAGCCCUGAGCCCCUUCCUGUUUGCAGUGGUGAUGGAUAGGCUGACAGAUGAGGUUAGACUGGAAUCUCCGUGGACCACAAUGUUUUCAGAUGACAUUGUGAUCUGCAGUGAAAGGAAGGAGCAGGUGGAGGAACAGUUAGAAAGAUGAAGGCAUGCACUGGAAAGGAGAGGAAUGAAGAUUAGCCCAAGUAAAACAGAAUACAUGUGCAUGAAUGAGAGGGGUGGUGGGGGAAGAGUGAGGCUACAGGGAGAAGAGAUAGCGAGGGUGGAGGACUUGAAAUACUUGGGGUCAACCAUCCAGAGCAAUGGGGAGUGUGGUCAGGAAGUGAAGAAACAAGCAGGUUGGAACGGGUUGAGGAAGGUGUCAGGUGUGUUAAGUGACAGAAGAGUCUCUGCUAGGAUGAAGGGCAAAGUUUAGAAGACAGUGGUGAAGCCAGCCAUGAUGUACGGAUUAGAGACAACAGGAACCAGAGCUGGAGGUCGUGGAAAUGAAGAUGUUGAGGUUUGCUCUCGGAGUGACCAGGUUGGAUAAAAUUAGAAAUAAGCUCAUAAGAGGGACAGCCACGAUUUGAUGUUUUGAAGACAAAGUUAGAGAGAGCAGACUUGGAUGGUUUGGACACAUCCAGAGGAGAGAGAGAGUGAGUAUAUUUGUAGAAGGAUGAUGAGGAUGGAGCUGCUAGGCAAGAGGAAGACUAAAGAGAAGGUUGAUGGAUGUCGUGAGUGAAGACAUGAAGGAGGUCGGUGUUAGAGAGGAGGAUGCAGGAGAUAGGCUUACAUGGAAAAGGAUGGCACGUUGUGGCGACCCCUAACGGGACAAGCCCAAAGGAAAAGAAGAAGGGAAGAAGCAGGUUGCUAAAAAGAGAGGACGUAAGCGAGAAUAAAAGCGAGAGUGUAGAUAUUUUAAAGGAAUGUUGCUCACUCCAUUCCUUUGAAUGUACCCAUUGAGGUAGGUACCGCUCACAUACAUUUUGGUCACAAGCUUCGCUUUUUCAACCACAGGCACAUUAUACAUUAUGAAUAUAGUUAAGUAUUGAUGCAAAACACAAUAUUUGAUGCUUUAUAGUACACACUAUAUGGGUGGUGGGCGGUGCAGCAGCCGUUUGCUGUCCUACUGGCUUAAAACCUGGAAAUGUCUUUUGGCUGUCAGUGAAACCUUCUGUGCAAUUUGAUUGGUUGUAAGCUGCAACGUUGUGACAGCGUGUGCUGGCGAUUCAAAUUUGUAUCAUGGCAAAGCCAGUGGCCAACUGAAGGGCCACUCCUGAAAACAGUUGCCGCGUGACAGUUCAGUCCGGGUCAGCCACGUCGCUCAGUGUGCGGCAGCCUGACAAAAUUAAGCCCGGGUUGUAACACUGCCCUGACAAGCUUGUUUGAUAGGCACUCGACAUGAUACUUACUUUGCCAAUCGUUUGUAUUAUGCACAGCAUUCAACAGUGGUAAUCUGGGCCACAUCACCUUUGUCACGUCUACAGUGUAUUUAAUCUGGUCUAGGUAAGAUGAUAAGUUUCUAAAUUUUGUGCGUUUCCUUUUCAUGUGCUCAGACUUUCAAGUGAACCAAAAUGCGUCACAACAAAACUACGUGAUGUUCUUUUGUCUUAUUAGUCAGCUGCGGGUGCAAGAAUGUAGCUUUUCUGUAGUGAGGAGAGCAUCCGUCCAUCCAUUUUCUUUACUGCUUGUCCUCAUUCGGCUCACUGGAGCCGAUCCCGGCCAACUUUGGGCGAGAGGGGGCCGCACCCCACACUGGUGGCCAGUCAAUCACAGGGCACAUAAACAGUAGUAAACUAUCUUUUCUACCCAAAUGGGAUUUCUUACAAGGUUGGUUACAAAUUAGCAAGGCACUUUUCUGAUAACCUAAUGCCCACUGAAACAUGCAAUUCACAGCAGGAAUAUCCAGUGGAAGGCUCCCAUUUAUUUACUUGAAAUCUAGGUGGUGCCUUAGAAAGGAGGGGAAAAAAAGCAGUGUAUUUAAUGCUGCUUUAUGAAUGCCACGGCAAUCAUACUGAUUUGUAUUUUAACUUGAACGAAGAAAAAUGUUUGUACAUUGCCCCACUUCAUUUGGUAUAGUGCCAUGAGUGAACCUCAGCUGGGCAAACCGACAUUGUUUUUCCUUUUUUUGUUAUUUUUGCGACAAAGAUGCA